ACCGGUAAGAGUGGAACUCAAUUUGGAACCGCUUCCAGCUUCAAGGGAUCCGUGCGUGUUCGAUGGUGAAACCGCAAGUGCCGUGUCGUUUGAAGGAUUUACUUUUCAUAAUUGGACGUGACUGCAUCGAAAUUAUCAACGAUGAGGUAUUUUAUUUUAAUGGUCUGCUUCGUAUUCGCCGUAUCCGGGAGUUCAUUUAGUGGCGCCCGUCGCCGGCUACGAUCUGACGUGGUGUACAAUGAGAGGAGUCCCAAACAAGGAUAUUACAAGUAUGGCUACGCGGUGAAACAGGGAGAGUCUCAGUUCCAUCACCAGCGAUCUCAGGAUGGAGCUAUGUAUGGAUGCUACGGUUAUGUGGAUCCUAGUGGCAAACUUUUCAUCACCCAUUAUCUGGCUGACAUGGCAGGGUACCGGCUGGUGAAUAUGGUCAACCCGGACAGAAAGCUGAUUGAGCGGUUGAGAAAUAUCGGCACUGCAAACAACCCAAUCGAGCUGCAGAGCCUUUUCCCACAGGAAUGCUCAGCAGAUGGGGACAUCAAAAUGCUCCAACAAUCAGCUGAUCAGAUGAAGCAGUCGUCUACAAUCGAUUACGAUCCCAACGAUUUACAAUCCCGCAGUUUUCACGCAUCUAGGGUAACUGUUAACGAAAACAGCGUACGUCAUCCGCCAUCUUUUGUUGUUCGGUCGAAUGUUCGGAAUAAACCGAUCGACUACGAGUUUGAAGUAGCUACCUUGCAUAAAGAUUUUCAGAAUUCGGCAAACUUGAAAAAUGUCAUGUCUACUGAGUUGAGCAAAGUGGCGAUUGGAGAUCAGUCGGAGAGUGUGAAUGUUGUUGCUGAAACCGAAGCUCGAUCCAAGACACCGCUGCAGGAAUCUUUGUCUGAUCAUAUUUCGACGGUGGGUGCACUUUCAGGAGAAUCGGUUGAAAAUACUGAACAGUCUCGUGUGAAUGCCGUUCAUUACAAUGUAGAACAACAGGAUGAGAUUGAUCGUAUAACUACAGCGAAAACGGAUCAUUUUAAGACUAACGACGGGGCGGAACAAUUCAGUGAUAACAAUGACGCCAUUGAAAAAGAAGACAUAAUCAGUACAGAUUUUACCGAAAACGAUGCUGUGGCCACUGCACGUUCGGACAUAAUAGUUUCUGGAGAAUCAAAGGAGAUCGAUUCGAAAUUGUUGGAAAGAACAUCGAUUUUGUACAUGGAUCCAGAAGCAGUAAUGAGUACGACCACUGAAUCUGUUGGAAUUAGGAAUACUGAAUCGGUUGUCCGCUCGAAUGAUGGUGAUUUAGUAACUCGAGAUCACUCGAUCGAAAACGAUAUAGAUAUCCUGGAUAGAAUAAAAAAUGAUGUACAACCAGCUGCAGAUCUCGUCGAGGACGGAAAUACUGCGAUUUACUCGGAUAGAGUAGAGUUAACUAAAGAAGAUAUGCGUUUAUUGGGAAGUAGUGAUAACGACGAUGUCACGAAUGAUUUUGGAAGUGUAUCAACUAAUCUCAUGACUACGGAAGCUUCCUUCAAUGAUGCUGUUCAACCACUUGAGAGUACAUUGGAUGAUAUACGAGAUGGUGUUGACUUCAAUUUUGAUCAUGGUGUGAAUACUAUCAGGGAAACCGAACUUACUUCUGAUGCCGCUACAUCUGUUGAUUAUUCUACGGAUAACUGUUUGUUGGAAAACAAUGAUGAAAGGGCAUCUACGCCCGGGUUCGAAUAUACUCCAGAGGUAGAAGAAACCAGUAAAUUCACUCAAGAAGAGCAUCUGGAACGUACCCUGGAUAACAAAUCGCAUCUCGAUCAAAAUACGACAACCGAUGAUUUCAUCAACUUGUCAGCUAUUUUCUUGCAUAAUACUGUCCAGGGAUCAGCAAAUUACACAGUGCCAAGCACGAAUGAACCCAUAAUUAAUACUGACUAUAGUUUAGACGUAAAUACAUUGACAGAACCUGUGGUAAAGUUUGAACACUCGACAGUUACUCCUGAAAGAUCAUUGGAAAUGAACAAUGAAAACAUGGAACAGUCAUUUUCAAUACUCAAUACAGAUAAUGCUGAAAACCCAAGCGUACCAGCAUCAAAUGAUGCAGUAACAAAUCUCAAUGUCAAUAUUCCGAAAAACAUAUCUCCGUUCGUCCUACAAUCCAGUAGGAGGCGAAAUACUUCUAGAGUUACGAUCAAUGAGAACAUCUCAAAACUAUCCAAAGUAUUUCGAGGUAGUGUCAAAUACGUCAAUACCACUUCGUCUACAACCAAGAAAGCUGGACCAUUUCGGACUAUUUCACGAAACAGGAGUAGACACAAUGAUCCAAAUGCAGCACGAGCACAACCGAAGCUUGCUUCUAGUAGAACUUUUGCUGGUAACCUCGAAGUAGGUAAAUUUAUAAAUAAUUCCACGGUUGAUAGUGCAAUAGAUCAUAAUCUUUUCCUGCGACACGAACAUUCACUGAAUUCCACCAUAUCUUCUGAUGCAACAGGUCUAAGCAGUCCCGACAACAACGUUAAUUCAUUGUUAAUCGAACAGCCUUCAUUAGAAUAUUCCUUCAGCACACGAACGAGAUCGGCCCCUAGACCACACGCAGACUCUAAGAUCAAUUCUGUAACCAACUUCGGUUCUUCGUUUAAACAACCAUCCUCUGAUGAAAUCGUUCUAAGAGAUCAAAGCGAGCUCAAUGUGCCUUCGGCUGAAGUAAAAAUACGAGAUCCGAACCGGUCUUUGCUACGAUAUGUACUGCCUGGUGUUGGUCAAAAUCCAGCACAAGUUCAUCGUAAGUUCGCUGAACUUGGACAGACAAAUACGAUCACCGAAAAACACCGCGAAGUGCCAAGUUCAACUGUAUCACAAUCUCGAAUCGGUCCCCUGCCAGGAUUUGGUCUCUCGAUAGAUGAUAUCGAUCCUGAUCAAGCCAGCGUUGAAAUUCAGGAAGAUUUACAUCGUUUAGUGGUUCCUAAAUUACCAGCAACGCCAAAAACUACGAUCGGUGACCUACAGAACGGGAUAACUCUUCCUUAUGCUCUUCUGAGCGGUACAGAUAAAACGGUUGUCACUCCACGUCCUACGACUAACUUCCGACCAUUCACCACACCUAUUCUACAGGCUGCAACACCUAACCCGACGGUCCGUUCAAGAACCACGAUUGGACCCGGUGGAGACAUCUACGAUGAAAUCGAAGAAGAAUUACAUCCAAUAGCGAGUGGUUUACUACCCAAGCCCAUCUCUCAACCGGCAUCACCGACAUCUACAACCACUACAGCUCCGAUUCCAGCAUCGUCUACCUCAACCACCGAACCAUACUCGUACUGUUACGAAAUAGUUCUGAUGGUACCGUCCGAUGCAGCGAAGGUCAUCAUAAAGACAGACUCAGUAUCGUUCCGCGUAUUCGGCCAGGGAGACCCAGACAAACGGAUUAAGCUGAUGGAACCCGGAGUGUACGAAGUUAACGUGGGCGCCACCAGUGCGAUAAAGUUCCAGCAGUACCAAGGUCGAACUGGCACUGGCAGCCAAUCAAACAAGGUCCGGCUGGAUAUUGAUAGAAAUUUCGACUAUGGGAAUCUGGUGCAGAAACCAUUGUUCGACCGACGCUCCUAUGAGCAACAGCAAGCGGCGGCACGCGCUGUUCAAACCGGUAACAACAACCCAUAUCUGCCACUGAUGGGUACGGUUAUGCCUACUACUGAGGCUCCCGUGCAGGGUAGGAGUGCCGAGAACGGAGAAGCAGAUGAGCUGCAGGUGUUGACAGCUGAUCAACGCGCACUGUUGAGUUUAGUACCAUCGUGGAAAAAAGUUUUACUUCGACUCUGAUUGAUUACCUUGCUGAAUGUUUGACUGUUAAGCCGAGAACGGAUCUCUGAUGCGAAACAAUAUGCCACGCAAAAAUUUUCGCGCCAAAAAAAAAUUGCAGCAUCUUGUUUUUUUUUUUGAGGGGAAAAGAGGAUCGCCAAAAAAGAUCGCGCGUUGUUUCGUCGAUCUUCUCGCUUUCUGCGUGAGAGGUAAUGGCUCUAGGAUCUCUGGCAGAUAUUAUAAUAUUAAGUUUUAUUGGAUUAGUAUGCUAAUUGCUGAUCUGCUGCAAUCGGCGAACCUUAUUCGUUGUUGAGGUGACUCUGGCCAACCGGCUGGAGAGUGCGGAAUUCUG